GUGACUAGUGACGCACCAUUGAUAAACAAAAAAAAAGCCAUUUUAAUGCUGACAUCGACAAAAAAAAAUUGUACGGACUCUUGUAUACAGUACACUGUAACAGAAUUGCCACGGUUUUGUGCUAAAAAUUCGUCCGAUCAAAAAUUGGUCAAGAUCGGAGAGGUACAUGUAUAUAAGAAGGCGCAGAUAAACAAACUUGAAGUAGAUUAAAACGGAUUACAAUUUCGCCUUGCAGUUUUUCAAAGGCCAUCUUUGCUGUUUGUAAUUGUAACCGGAUCGGGGAACAUAUUCGUUUGACAAGAAGUUGUGAUUUUGUCAUAUUAACUGAGCUCCUUUUUUUCCCGUUUAUUUCGAGUUUUUAUGGUGAGCAAUGAUAGCAAUAAGCAAACCUUAUCAAGACGGGCUAAAUCGUACAGUCCCUUUGAGCACGUUUACACUAAUGUGUUCUUGUUUGAAAAUGCGUCGAUCUUUUCCGUUUUGUGCUUGCGUGCACACUAACAUUUGUCAAAAAGGGAAGUUUGUACAAACGAAGGUUUUUGAAAACACUCUGUUUUUAAAAAUAGAGGUCGCCUAAGUGCCAGUAACCAAAAACGAAAGUUUGCGAAAACGUUCAUUUUGUUGAGUGCUUGUUGUAUCAUUUUGAUAUUAUGUUGGUUAACUGUCUUCAAUGCAAUCAAAGUUCAUUUCAGAGUCAUAUCGCAUUUACGAAUGAGACGGCAGAGGCAAGUGAGAAAACAAACACACAGCAACAGCCGGAUGGCACAGAAGAGAAAACAAGACCAUUCAGGUAACUGACUUAUCGAACUUACCUGAGUUGAGAGUUGGAACAAGUUAAAGAAAAGAAAGAAAUCCAAUGUAGGGCUUUGCCAACCUCGUUCCCAGGUUCUCUUGCUCCGUAGGGAUGGGUAGGAGAGAACCCUGGGAACGAGGUUGGAACUUUGCUUGUAUGGUCCAUGGUUUAGGUCAGAAGGGAGGGUCCCCAGUAGGUUUCUCGGGAUCCGAGAUUUCCCUCAUUUGAAGCUCGGGAUUCGGGAUUUGAAAGCAAAAUCGGGGCGAGUUUCGGGAUUUAAAGUAUGGUUGGGAGGUGGGAUGCCAAAAAUAGCCCUCGGUAUUACGAGAUUGCACGAAAUUUUGGGUCGGCAUUAGGAGAUUGAAGAACACUUUUGGGUACCCCGAAAAGGGUGUCCAUGCGUCCUCUAGACGCUCACUUUUAGAUGAAGUUUAAGGGAUACGGUAAAUCCCCUAUUAAGCUCCCCCUUUCAAAUAAGCCCCCUCCCUUUUAUAAGCCCCCCCUUUUUUCAGAGGAAGAAAGUUAAUAAGCCCUCCCCUCUAUUAAGCCCCCCCUUCCCCCACCCCGCCUUCCCGAAAUAUUUCUUCGUGUAGACUGAUCCGGAAUGGUUUAUUUACCAACUGGAAGUUCGGAUUUGUUUUUGAUCCUCGGCUGUGUGACCUCCAACCUUCUUAUACUUGAGCUUUUCCACUUUUUAUUCUAGUUCUUUUUGGAGAACUGAAGCCAUCGUCGUUUUUAAAUUAAAUAAGUCUCCGGGGAGCUUAAAAGAGGAUUUACGGUAUUUGUCUAAUAUCUUAAAAUUUUAUUGGAAAACCUCUCUUUCUGACGCCUAGUUUCAUAAAGAUGUAGGCUUUCCUCUAAACUCCGAACUCAAUUCAAAGUGUGUUAGUUAGUACUCAUGCAAUUCUUUUGGAUCAGUUUAGGUGUCUGGGAAACUGCCCACCUACCCCACCCCUAACCCAUGUUUCUCACUGACGUGUGAAUUAAGGGCAGAAACAUGGGUUAGUGGUGGGGUGGGUGGGUAGUGUCCCAGAAACCUAAACUAAUCCAUUUUUUUUUUCUAAAUUUUAGUUCCACUUUUCUCAGGGCAGGAACACUUAAAAGGUACGUAUACUAACGAACAAGAGACAAAUUGCCUAACACGUUACCUGCUUAUAACUCCCCUUGCAAUUUUCUUCCAUAACGUGUCAAAAGAAAAAUGAGGCAACGUUCGCGCUGUCCUUGUGAGAAACAAAAAAAGGACUUGUCCAAUGCCUGCUUCCGUGAAAAGUUGUAAGACAAGAUCGUUUCUGAGGGGUGUAACUCCGAGAAACGUCUUUAAUUGUGACAAAACAAAAUUAUGAGACAGGCUUAACAGGACUCCAAGUGCUGAAACUGUCCAAAUUUGUUUGACCUCGAUUCUUUUAAAUGGUUUUGCUCUGUACAUACUGAGAUAUACUCACUGAAAAUGUGCCUAUGCAGAUAAGUUGUAGCCAAUCAGAGGAGCAAACGAUGUUUUUGAGACACAGGAAAAAUAUUUCUUCCAAUCGGUGUUGUAAACGAGGUGUUUUUUUUUAAUUCACUUGUGGGAAAAAAGGUUCGUCCAAUCAAAACUCACAAUGGGUAGUGAGUUUCGCGCCAAGUUUCCCACCUUUAAUGGGUGUUUGCAACGCCCUUGCUUCGCGGUAAAUGAGAAAUCGUUAUCCAUCCCUUUGCGAAGAACAGAGUUGUGACUUUUUUGCAGAAAAAUUACUGGGAAUCGUACACAAAAUCAGCAAGGAGGAGCAGGCAGACCAUUAUCACGUUGUUGUGAUUGUGAUAAGGUACCUAAUGUAUUUUGUAAAUUAUUAUUCAACUUUGCGCUCGGAGAUCUUUACACUUUUACUGUAGAAAUCGAGGAAAGUCAUAGUCGUGUAUGACAGUCUCUUUGAGCCCAAGAGUUUUGACUUCGAUAGGUAGGAGUCGAUUGUUACAGUGGUCCUGAGAAUGAUAGACAGGGGAAAGGCAGACAGUCGUUUUUGUUUGUUUUGUUUUGUUGUUGUUGUUGUUGUUUUUCACUUUCUCUUUUUCCCUCGAUGCCUCUCCCAUAACCCAAGUUUUAGCCGGAAAAUCCCAUCUUAGCCUUUUGAGUGAUCCGCAGAGAAAGCUAAGAAGCUACUUUUUUGGGCCUUGAAAUACAAUUUUUUAUACAACCAAACCUUUACAAAAUGUAAAUGUAUUCUAGUCAAAGAAACUGUUAGGCAUGUGGUUGAGGCUUCGUAUAUCUAAUCCCUAAGGUGUUAAAGUGUAUCUAGAAUAAAACUGGAAAAUGUACUUGGAAUUACUUCAACACAACCAAGGCAUCUUAGCCGAGUAGAAAAUCCAAUUUUAUUAAUUCACUACACUUCAGUACGAAAACGCUCAUGAGUAAUAGAAUUGCUAAGGCAAGACCUAAAAACUACUUAUGGUACAGAACAGACAUUAAAGAUUAAUUGAUGUCCCGACCGUGGCCGCUGUGUAAUAGAAAUUUCAAUUUUGCUUUGUCUUCAUAAGUCGACGUUUAAAGGCUCGUAUUGUAUUUGCGUUGGUUUAGUAACUUAAAGUGGUCUUUGUAGCUUCAGGAAGCUCUUUCCAAUGCUGAGAAGAAAUUGGAAUCCGCGAAAGAGUAAGUGAUUUUAAGUUGAUGUUAAUUUCUUAAGCCCUUUCCGGUCUUUUCUAACCGUUGCCAAAGUGUAAAUUCACAAAAAAAAAAAAAAUUCACGUUUACGUUUUGUAACAACUCCAAAAACAAAUAACACCUUGUAAAAGUUCCGCCUCUGCCGAAGAGGUGUCAAGUAAAUGGUAACAACGUAUGACUUUGUCAUCAAACUCAAAAGUUAGCUUGAAAAACCCCUCUCACUGUAACAUCGGUCAUCGGUCUUGGAGUAAAAUGGCUAAAUAUACGUGAAAACGUUUUUAUUAUGACAUGUCAAAAAAAUGAUUGUUCCCAUCAUAAUUGCCGUUUGUCAGUUUAGGAGGUGUAAGAUCAGCUAGCUUUACAAAAAUAAUGCAGUACCUCCCACUUUUGGCUACCAAAUCCUCUCUCAGAAAUAUUUUGCGAUCCGUCUAAGUCCUGGUUAAAUUUUAUUGACGCGCCGGAAUGUGGUAUGCUUGUUGCAGAAUACCGUAUUUCCUCGAACAAACGCCCCUCCUCUAAUAAGCGCUCUCCCCCGAAAAAGCGCCAAUUCCCUAGGCCAAAAGUAUCAAACUGAAGCGCCCCCCCUCGAGUAAUUCCCUCCUUCCCGUCCUGCGUUACUUUCUUUAAUGGUAGGAUUACAAGAAAAACCUGUUUCUAUUGCCACCUUAUUGGUAACUGUGGGUAAACUGUAAAAUGAGACUAAGGUACGCUUGAUCACCAACAUGAAAACUUAAUAAGCGCCCCCUCGAUUUAGCGUCCUCCUUCCAAUAAGCGCCCAUCCUUUUAACCAAAAUUUUGAAAAAGCGCUUGGGCGCUUAUUCGAGGAAAUACUGUAUUAUUCAACGACGAUAGGGCGGGAAAUAGUUAUCGCCUAUUUUCAGUCGCUUUCACUUUAUCACUGGAGUAAACAUAAUAUUUCUCUCUCUUUAAACUUGAGCUUUAAUCCUUGAAUAAAAUCUGUUUACCUUUAGUGAAGUACAAGUAAGACAAGACGUGAUCGAAAGUCUCCAUGAGCACCUCAGGUGAGCAAAUGAAAGUGUUGAAUUAUGUGCAUUGUUUAUGUAUAUUUAUAUCUAUUUAAGGACAGUUUUUAGAUGAGUCUCAAAAGUAACUUGGUGGUAGCUUUGUUGUUGUUUUUUAUUUUAUUUUAUUUUUUGCCGCACCGUCGCGGCUUGUGAUUGGUUGAAAAAUCUCGCGCCCGAAAUAAGACCAAACCAAUCAUGACUAUAAAAUGAGUGCCUUUGUGACGUUUUGCCGACUUCAAAAGGGGAUAAUGAAGCUUCCCCCCCCUCCUACCACCCCCUCCAAGCAAUGUUGUGUCGCUGUACACGAUACCUGUAACAGACUCUCCACCUUUGAUUGGGGGAAAGGGGAGUGGCGCAGAUUGUUUUGUUCUCUGAGAUAACCCAUUUGAGGAUAGUGUCUUAACAAUUUUGUCGCCGAUUGUCGGUCAUAUAGCAACAGCUCGGAAGAGAAGUCACAAUGGUGCCUAACCAUGACCCCAAACAAAACUGAAACAGUUAAAAAAAUGACAAUUCAUUACUUUUCUGCGACCAAUCAGGAGAGACCUCACGAGCAGCUCCUACACAACUGCCGAUUGUUGCUGCACGACUUUUCUGGCGCUUUGACUAAAUCACAGAUGUGAUUGGUUCAUUUGAUCGUUGGAAUGUGUUAUGAUUGGCCAGACUUAUAGCUUCUGUUGUGAUUGACAACUCUGAACAGAAAUCGCUCCAAUAUUUACUACUUUCGUAUGUUCUGGCAAAAUACGAAUUACUUCUCAGUGGGAUUUUCGCUUUUUUUUCAGGAAAUUUGAAUUGGAGAAAAGUAAUUUAAGGUAAAUCCUAUGCUUAUAUUACCUUUACUUCUGCGAUGGUCGAUAGUCUCAAAAGAAACCCUAAUGUUUAUGUAUACUGUAUACUUCUUGUACUCAUAGACGUUAAGUUAUCCGUUUGAAUUAGUAUUUCACAUACCCCCAGCCCCCUCCCUUGAACCAGUGAGAGAACCAGUCAGAAAUAAAAUCCCACCCACCCCUUCCUUUGCAUACACCAUUCUCCACCAAAGUGCGUGUUAAUGGCCAGCAAAUAAUCCGCCCCCCUAUCCCCUCCAUCACACUUUCUUUAAUAAUAAAUCUACCACGAGAAAGGCCACUUUUCGCAUUUUAAGUACACAGGCGUCAUUAAAGGAAAACAUGACAGUUUUUUUUUUACUUCCGGGUCUAUCCUCAUGUGCUUCCUUCUCUUUGUUGUUUGCAUUAGUCCAUUUCUUUGCCUAAUCGCCGCGAUCUUUGAAAAACAAAGUUUCAGUUCGUUAAUAGAAACACUCUAUAGGCCACCCUCCCCUCCCCCUUCAGUCAAGUCCCUUCCUAUGAAUGAGCGAACCACCCAGAAAUUUUUAGUAAGUACUCUUACGCUGUUACGUUUUACACCGAACUUGCCAUGUUUUUUGUAUUAAAGAACGAAUGACAAAGACGAUGAACAGAGGUCGUUUUCGGAAGAAAUGAAGGACAAACUAAUUUAUAUUGCGCAGGUUUGUUUUAAGGGGUUACAGUACCAUUUUUUAAUAAAUCAUUUUCAGCCUCCUCUUUGACUCACUGGUAAGGGUCAGUUAGGACUUGAUUUAUUAAGACAACAGAAAAUUCAAGACUUGUCGGAUAUUUUUAUUUCUUUUUCUUUUUUUUUUAGUUUGCUUGACUUUUUAAGAGUGUUCUUUUCUCCCAAUGUAGCUUGAAGAAAAAUUGAAAGAACAGACAGAAGAACUCAAAAAAGCUGAUAACAAAAUAAAGUAAGUCUUAUUCUUUCGGGGAACGCUUAUCGCUUCCUUGUUACAUUAGGGACUUUAAGAUCCAACGACGCGGACGGCAACGAGAACGUCAAAAAAACAAUGGGUUGUAUUAGCAAAACAACAACUUUGCACGUGCACCACGCUUUUUUUGUACAUUUCUCUGCCCGUUUUUGCAUGACUACGACGUGAACAUGCCAAAUUUCGCGUUUUACGGAGGACGUAAACAAGCAACGACGAAAUUUUGUUUCUCUUUCUGCACUUGGAUAAGGUGCCCAGGAAUUCACUCCAGGAGGGUUCGCCUACAUUUGACAAAGUAAGUGGGUAGGAAUAAUUUCGAUAAAGACUGAAAGAACGCAAAUUCACUUUUUAAGCGACGUUCGCAUUGCCGUCGCGUCGUUGGAUCUUAAAGUCCCUAUUAAGAACAGAUGCCACGCUAAAAUUGCGUCCCACAAGACCAUCCACAGUGCAGUUCGACACAACAGUGACCCAGUCUCCCACGCGACAUCUACGUAGCCAAUAAGUAAAGCUUGCACUCAAUUUAUACUGAAGCGGAUCCUGUGUUCUGAUUGGCUACCUGAUCGGCCAAACUGGGGUCAUCUUGCCCGCUCGAGAUUUUCCGCUGUGGUCCCGCAAGAAAAAAAAUCCUUUUUUGACCAUGUAAUAAAUCCUUUAUUGACCAACAAUCGGCGACAAAAUUGUUGAGACAUUGUACUCAAAUAGGGUAACUUAAGAGAUGAAAAGAAUCCACACCCCUCCCCUGACCCCUCCAUUCAAAGUUGAGGUGUUUGUUGUUUUUUAGAGGCAGCUCGAACAGCGGCACAACAUUGCAUGGAGGUGAUGGGUAGGAAAAGCUAUAUUCUCCCUUUUGAAGUUAAUAGAACUUGAAAAAAGCCCAGUUUAGGGCGAACUGUCUCAACUCUUUUUGUCGCCGAUUGAAACUUGUUCGAUCAAGAUGGCUGGAUAUCGGCGUCGUUUUUUUUUUUUUUUUUGGCGCUUGGCCAACGUCCAGCCUAACCUGUUCCCAGAUCUCUUGUUGACGAGGCUUCGUCGACAAGAGAUCAGUGUAGGAGAUUAUAUCCAUGUGCUCGCAGAAUUUCCUGCGAUAUGAACUCUGAUAUUUUUGCAGGGCUAACAAUAAGGAGUUGAGAGAGUGUAGAGACCAGAUUCAGAUGUAUCAAGAGAUGACGGCUGUUAAAGACCAGGUUGUCGUCUCACUUACUAACCAGGUAAAAUACUUCCUGCUUCGUCCAGGUUCUUUUUCAUAUUAUGCAACUAUCCCCCGAAGGGGAGGUGAAUAGUGGUGCAUAUAUAGCGAGGGUAUAUAUCUAGCGCUGUUCACCGACCCUGAGGGGGAUAGUUGUUUUAGUAUUCGCCAAAUCAGUGGGGUAAAAAUGAAAACAAAGUAACUUUUUUGUAAAUUAAAAACGUCACUUAGUAGAAAGUUUUUGUACAAUUUACAAACUUAUCGGGGAUUUUGUCAAGUGCAUUUUUACGAUUUUGUUGCAAAUUCAGCAAGAAAAUAAUUUUCUAUGUUGCUUUCUUGGUAUUUGCUUGUACGACUGCUUCAUUUAUCGCUCAAAUUUUGUCUUCCGAAAAUUCCUCGAAACGAGACGCCAUCUUGCACAUUCCGAGUUACUGUAGCCAAUCAAAACGCGCGAAAAUUGUUAUUCGCUGAUUUGGUAAAUUCUAAAAGCAGGUAUCCUUGCCUUGAUUUAAACUACGCGUUGAGUUAGGAAUUAAUUGAAAUAGCUGGCCGGUCCCGUAUUUAAGAUGUCUAGCUCGCGUAACAAGCAAUACAGCACUUACCUUACCUAGUGUCCAUAGUAUUGACUACAAAAUAAUAUAAGCUCCUUAAACUUUGGAGGGAAUAUUCGAAAGAAAGAUAUGUUGUAGUUAUUUUAUUUUUUUUUAUCUCAGGUAAUUUUUGUUUUUCUUUUGUUUUUGGGUAUGGUAAUGUAUGAUAAUGAAGUUGAAACAAAAGAAAAGUACAAGUUUCCUGAGAUAAAAAAUUAACUACAUCAUAUAUAUAUAACGAAUGUUCAUUACAACCCAUAACCAUUCAGGAAUUAACUGACUUGGCUGGAGAGUCCUGAUCAAUAGCGGUAUUCUUCCUACGACUGGAUUGUCUUAGAUUAGCUAUCCAGUUCUGACAAAUUGUUAGCCUGAUGGCAAGCUCUCCCGGCAUUUAUGGCGAGCAAAUCGAGUCGCGAGACUUCUCGCGAGCGAGCGACCAAGACUCUCCCUCUCGCGUCUCCCUCGCGUUUCGCUCACGCGUGACAUCUCGCGACUCCCCCAAAUGGAGAGCUUGCUCGCAGGCUAACAAAUGGUGAGCGCUGUAAGUUGUUUAAACUAACUCUUAUUUCUCCCGCGCGUUAGGUGUACGCAUUGGAGAACGCAACAGUGGAAGGAAAGGAAAUGAAAGAAGAAGAUUAUGAAAAUGAUGACGAUCCCACAAGGUAUUUGAAAAUUUUCUUUCAUUUAGCCUCGAUCAUACCUUUCCUUUGUCUCUACAUCCUGAGAAAACCGCCGACAUUUCGCGACGCCAAUACUGGUCUCCUCGCGAAAUGACAUCUGAGAAACGAGCGCAGAAGUUCCAUACUGAUGACGUGUCACUACCCAGAUCUGGGUAGUGCUUCUGAUUGGUUGAAAAUUUGCUUCAUCCAAUCAGAAACACUGCCCAGAUCUGGGCAGUGACACGUCAUCAGUAUGGAAUUUCUGCGCUCGUUUCUCAGACGUCAUUUCGCGGGGAAACCACCGGUAACGUCGCGAAAUUGUCGGCUGUUUUCUCAGGAUAUCAUCCCUAAUGUCACUCUUCUUAAAACGUAGUAAGGAAACGCUUUAUCUCGGUUAAAACGUGGAGGCGACGUGCCAGAUAUUGAUCUUGGUUGUUCACUCGCUUUAUCAUAUUUUCUAAUUUUUGAGUGAACGAAUAGAUACUUUAUAUAUUAUUUUAUGUGUCCUGUGACUUUGGGAUGAUACCUCAACUGUGACCCGGGGGGAGUACUCCCUAUAGUGGCCUAUAAGGGAAGCUCUGCCCGAAAGGGAUACCUUUGUUCAGGCUUCAGGUAUUUGAAAGGUUAGGCAUUUCAUUAGUAGAGUUAUACGAAAAGGUGGGGACAUCUCGUUUCCGGCUGUAAAAAGACCCAAAAAGGCUAACAGAUCCAUUUUAUGGCUGCGAAAAAGUCGAAAAAGCGUUCUGGUGUUGUGGUUUAUUCAAAUUUUAAAGACAGUACAUUUUCAGCAAUUUUAAAUUUCAAACUAAGCAUGUGAAGGUACUAUUAGUCAGAAGAAAGUAUACGAAAAGGGGUACCUUUUUCUUACAAAACUGGUCUAUAAAAAAGGUAAGGGCUUGGACCUCGGGGCCGAGCCUCCCUGCAUAACGAUUUGUUGAGCUGUUUAGUACCACCUCACCCCCAUCUCCCAAAACCCCCCCUCCCCCUACCCUACUGCCAGGAACUGCGGUAGGCCUGAGACAAGACACUUUCGAGAAGUAUUUCAGACUUCUGUGAAAAUUUUUUUGAAGGUUUUGUUCCUCGUUCAGAAAACUUAAGGAAAGUCGGAUAUCGAUUUUACUGUUUUUUCUGCUGUUUUGCAUAGCACACCGCCGGAACCGUCUUCCACGGAAAGCAAGAUUGAUGACAUCCAGGAGAUAGGAAAACUCAAGGUGAUAACAUUGAACGGCAGGGGCCAUCUCUAGGUGUCCACUUUCAAAUGGUGUCUGUUUUAUAGAGUCAAAGAAAAUGACUGUAGAACGGCAGGGACCAUCUCUAGUUGUCCCCUUUAAAAAGGUGUCUGUUUUAUAGAGAGUCAAAGAAAAUGACUGUAGAACGGCAGGGGCCAUCUCUAGGUGUCCACUUUCAAAUGGUGUCUGUGUUAUAGAGAGACAAAGAAAAUGACUGAAGAACGACAGGGGCCAUCUCUAGGUGUCCACUUUCAAAUGGUGUCUGUUUUAUAGAGAGUCAAAGAAAAUGACUGUAGAACGUCGGGGGCCAUCUCUAGGUGUCCACUUUCAAAUGGUGUCUGUUUUAUAUUAUAGAGAGUCAAAGAAAAUGACUGAAGAACGGCAGGGACUAUCUCGAGGUGUCCACUUUAAAAAGGUGUCUGUUUUAUAGAGAAUCAUAGAAAAUGACUGAAGAACGACAGGAGCCAUUUUAGGGAGGUCUCCAUCUUAUAGAGAAUAAAGAAAGAAAAAAUGACUGAAGAACGGCAGGGAAAUACACUAGGUAUCCGUUUUAUGGAGGUGUCCAUCUUAUAGAGAGUAGAAGAAAAGAACUGAGGAACGGUGUUGACCGUAUUUUGUGUUCUUGCUUUUAUAGGAAACAUGCCAAGCGUAUGUUUUGCAGAAUCGCUUCCUAAACAGCGAGAUUUUGGAGUUUAACAAGCUUAGAGCUCACGACGAGGAGAUUCUUAAAGCGCAAAAAAUGUAAGUAAUCUUUUGCACAACAAAAUAGAUAUUUCCUUACCCUCAAAAGUUUAACCUCAGACCUAAAGCUAAUACCAGUCUUCGCUGUGUAGCUUUCUUGUCGCGUCGUUACAAUUCCAUCUAGAUUUAAAAGUUGGAACCAACUUGUAACAGAAUACAAACGACACUGAAGGAAUGAAGUAGUGCUAAGUAGCUUUCAUGUGAAUCAUCACACUUUAGGGUUUCAUCCAGGCUCCAAGUUAAAACCACUUUGUACAGCAUGAUAACAGUACCACUGCUAAGUAGCAAUCUCUACAGCAUAAUGUCACCACAGGAAAACAUUUUAUGAGCUUUUAUAACAACAGUUAAAAGGAUACCCUGCUGCGAAUUUCACUUCCAUCGCUAACUGCUCUAGGCUCAUUUUCCACCACCCUGUUAAGCCCGGUUUUCUUCCUCCUUCGGAGACACGAUAGUCUCCCUUGAGGGCGAAUGCCAGCGAGGCGAGGGACACGAGCGUUUGCUGAUCCUCCCGGGAAUCCGAACAGCGGCUGGUGAUUGAGCCUCUGGUUGUAAGAUAACUAUUUCUCUCUUUGUUGAAUUAUAGGCGACUGGCUACUGUUGAAGCUGAAAUGUGCAAAUACAAAAGCAAGUAUUUUCUUGUGCUGAGGGAAUUCCAGAAACCUCGUAAAGGUAUAAACCGAAUUGGUUCUUAUCCUGCGAGCUUGAAGUCUUCCUCGAAGCCGUUUUUGUCUCGUCGCGAAACGCUCUUCCCCAACAUGACGUCAAAAACGGCUGAGUGGGAGACUAGCUAGCAAGCUCUGCGUUUGGAAAUCGCGGGAGUCAAAAGUCAUGCGCACGUGGGCCACAGGAUUGGCUCGGGAGAGGAAGGACUUGGGGAGUGGGGUUUCGCGGCGUUUUUGGAUUUUUUCGUGUUGUCGUUUGUCCUCUGCGCAAGUAUAAACGAGCCGGCGGGCGCUCACGUUCGGAAAUAAACUGAAAAGAUUUUCCUCAACUCUACCUAUGUUUGUCUCGGUUUUCAGAAACGCGCUUAACGAUGUACACUUCUUUUAGCUUAAAAAUCAAAUUGAAGAUCGUUUUCACGUGGCCUCUGUUCUAGCCUCGCAUUUGUCUCCGACGUCCAUGACAGCCUUGUUCUCUCCGUCUACGUGCCUCUUCCGUUGUCAAUUUUGUAACAUUAGGGCCAUUUAUACGAGGGAAAAUAAGACGCGCCUUACAUAAGACACGUGCUAAAUGAGAGGCGAACUGUAUCGUAUAAGCGGCACAUCUCGUUUGAAAUAAGACGCGUCUUACCUAAGAACAGGUGUUAUGGGCUGUUCUCAGAUAAGACGCGUCUUUGCUUAGUCGCGUCUUAUUUCAGACGAGAUGUGCCGUUUAUACGGGACAGUUUGCGUCUUAUUUAGGACGCAUCUUAUUUAUCCUCGUAUAAAUGUUCCUACUUUCUGCUUACCGGUUUGAAAUUUUCCUUUACUGGGCUGUACAGGUACACAGUUUCUUGCAUCUUUCAACGGUAAGAUGCCUUUUGAGGUGGUUUUAUUGAUGUCGCGGAGACUAUGGUGGUUUAGAUGUUGUUCAUUGACUUUUUUUUCAUUUGCGAAUGAUUCAUUCACUGAACAGAAAAGUUAACCACUACUCAGGCAGUGUCUUCUCGUGAGAUCAUUUUAAUUCUUAUGGUGCCAUCGUCGCUAAUUCUGUUACAUUAAUUUUCUGAAUGGUCUUUGUUUGUAGAUGGGGAGUCGUGGGGUGUGGAUGAGGAGGUUAUCAGUAGACUGGUGGAAGACGCAAUAGACAGCGAGUCACGUGAGGUCCAAACAAUGUCAAGGUCCAGGUCAGUGUCGACUACAUGACGUAUAAUAUAAUUCUGCAACUGAGCCCGCAAUUUUCAUUGCGAAUGUCGCAACGCGCUCUAAAACUGCAGGCCCCGGUUGUUAAAAAGUUGGAUAGCGCUAUCCACCGGAUAAAUCGCUAUCUGAUGGAUAAGUAUUGUGAAAUCUAAUUGUGUUAUCCACUGGAUAGUAAUUUAUCCAGUAGAUAGCACUAUCCACCUUUAGAACAACUGGGGCCAGGUCCCAUUUGCUCAGAAGGUGGAUAACUACAUGAACAAUCAAAAACUGUGUUAUACAGCAUAUGCAGAACAACCUUUUGGGUUUUCUUUUUUUUUAGUAUUCAGCCAUUCGACCAGUGGGGCUUUCGACAAAAUCUUGAUGGUGAUGAUGAAGAAGCUUUCCUGUCCAUUGCUAAGAAACUUGACAGAAGAUCAGAAGAACUUAAGGUAAACAAAUAAUGACCGAAAGAAUAAGAUGUCAGUGAUCUUCCCAGUAAUGUUAUGUAAGCAACCUAUAGGCGAAUCCUUGUUUACAUUUUUUGCCUCAAUAGCAUAGGCUUAUCAUUAUCUGAUGAAGCCAAUAAAAUGAAAUUUCUGAAUAUUGAAAGAGCAUAACAAUUUCAGUUAUCUUUGUAAAUUUGGGCCCGAUAUACCAAAUAGUUUCGGAGAAAUUCUCUUUGAAAAACCCCCAAAUAGAAUGUAUGAGCUCAUUGACGUUUUGCUACCCAGUAAUUUUGCAAUUUUUAAUUGCUGUUAUUUUCUUUGUUACUGAUUGUAAAGAGCUGAAACUUGCACAAACUGCUUAAAUUAUACCAGCUCUUUUAAUUUUUGAACCUAAUUGGUAAAUACGGCUACAUCUUUUAUGGGCUAACUUGUAUGCUAAUGAGCAAAAAUGUAAACAAUGACGUCACGAUGAAUCCGCCUAUAGUAAAUCGUGGUUACUGGUUAUCAAAGGCGUCAAACAUCAAACAUAAAAACACAAAGGUGUUGCAUUUUAUGUUGGAAGCUCCCCAAUGUUGUACAGUCCGUUGUUUUUCUGUUCAAAAAUUGUGACUGAAUAUAAUAUGCGAAAUUUUUAUUGAUCAAUAAGAUGAAAAUAAGAGGAAUGCCAUUGAAACUUGUGCACGGUCAAGUCAACAAGAACAGAUAACACAGGAGUCUAACGGGCUUCAUAAAAAUUCCACUCUAUUAACCACUUAGCCUCUGACUUGAUAGAGAACCUUAACGAAAAAUUGUUAGCGGCUUGAACUAUCUUCUUAUCCUGAAUACACGGACGCAACGCUCUGCCUAAGUGACGCCUGUCAUUCAAAAAAAGAAUGCGUCUCAUCCUGGAGCAAUAUGAUAAAUUAGGAUGCUUUAACAAACUUUUAUAUUGCCUUUCAUAUCGCUCUUUGCUUCUAACAUUGUUCUAGCCCAUUUACUCUUCACUUAAAUCUAUAUAUGGUCGUUUAAUAUGACAAGCUCUGAUUUUUUUCAAAGGCCAAUUUAAGUCAUCAAGAAAUGUCAGUGGAGGUCAAAUGGGAAAACUACAUGAUUGCGCACAAGAACAGAGACUUCCAGAAAACGGUGAGUGUGCGACUAAGUACAGUUUGAAUGGAAGUAGAAAUGCUACACACUGAAUCGUUUCUUUCUAGGUGAACCGAGUACUUACUGUUCUCAGCAUAGUAAAGAAGUGAUGGCGUCGCAAAAAAACAAAUUUGUAAUAAUAUGGGUGAUCAGAAGGGAUUUUCGGAAAGAACAAGAUAAAAAAUUCCCCCUGCUAAAAAUCAUUGGUUAUUGCGAAUUCGUGGUGACUAAAAUGUUAUUACGUUAUGCUUUUACAAGUCUAAUUAACAAAUGUAGCCACUGUUUUUUAAACUCUAAAGAAAUUUUAACACUUGUAAAAGUUGCAUUGAAUUGAUCCCACAAUUUUGUUGAAUGCAAGAUCGCGCGCAUGCGCACUUUGGUAUGAUCGUCUGCCCAUGCGAGCUGCAUGGGUGUCUUACAUGUAGUCCGUGAAGUUGUACCAAAGAGCGAGCAGUUUUUGCUUCACCGGGCAAGGAGUGCAUUAUGCUCACAUAAUUAACCUCAUCGAUCGGAGAACGUUUAAAUUUGUGGGCGGUUAUUCAUGUCAUGCAAAAUUCGGCUGAUAGAAUGAAGAUUACUAAAGUCGGCUGAUAAAAUGAAGAUUUAUCCCGGCGACUAAUAAUGAAAAAAUCACGCAACGAAGCUCACGUAUCACUCUAAUCUCUUCAUUUUAUGAAUAAACCUGGAUGGUUCUGAGCUAUUUUUAAUUGUCAAAAGGUUAUUACCGUUUAUCUUUUAUAAAUCCCCCUUUGUUUUUUUUUUAUUUCAAACACAUUUGAGGGGGGUGGGGGGGGGCUUUGCUUAAUUGAGAGAGGGGGUAGUCAAUUUAGCGAUGGUAUCGGUACACCACAGAGAACUAGAAGGCUAAGUGGAAAAGCUCAAGUACAAGAAGUUGGAGGUAAUGCAGCCGAGGAUCAAAAACAAAAUCUGAACUUCCAGCUGGCGAAUAAACCUUCCUGGGUCAGUCCAAAGGAAGUUUUACAGUCGAGAUUGAUUGAUACAGUCUAUCAUUUAUUAGUGAACAAUGAUAAAGGGGAGGGGGGCUUAAUUGAGAGAGGAGUUGGCUUAUUUACCUUUUUCUCCUUAAAAGCGGGGCUUAUUUGAGAGGGGGGUGGGGUGGGGGUGCUUAACAGUGCAUUUACGUAUUGUAUUUCUCGUUCUUUAGCCUGAACUUAAGGUGUUAGUGCGGGCUGGUAUCCCACAUGAGCAUCGCGCCAUAAUAUGGAAAAAAUGUAUUGACGAAUGUGUUCAGGAUACUAGGAAGAUCGCUGGAGACGGCUACUAUCAACAGCUGUUGGAGUCCAUCAAAGGAAGGCCUUCGCCGGCCGUCAAACAGAUCGAACUGGACUUGCUACGCACGUUACCAAAUAACAAGCAUUACGAGCGACUGGACGCUGAUGGGGUAGGUGACUAGAUCUUUCUGCUUUACAGGUAUUUUUAUGAAUCUCGAACAUGGAUUAACCAUGUGAAAAAGAUUUACAGUCAAGUCUGUAUUCAGCGAAACUCUAUUUAGCGGUCACCUAACAAAGUUCGCAAAUCAUUCCCCUUAGUUACUGUAAAAGUGAUCGGUAUUACUAUUAAGAGGUCACCUCUAUUACCGCGGUCACCUAGGUUUUUCGAAGUCCCAACAAGUUAUUUUUCAUUGUCUUCCCCUCUAUUAGACGGUACGGUCACUUUGUAAAUAUGUACCAUACUAGCGCAACAGAUACAGUGUAUAUGACGUUUAUAGCUCUCUUAGUUCCAUUUUUUGCACAAGAAGAGUUAGAGGCAUUUUGAGGUCGUUUUGUCGUGUGAUAGAUAUUUCGCUAUUUCACCAUCUAAGUUAUUUUCUUGAACAACUCUAAGGUAUGUCAAACCUGUAUUGAACGGUCAACCUGUAUUAAGCGGUCAGUAAGCCAUUCCAUAAGAGUGACUAUAUCUGUAAUACCUGGACAAACAAUGUAAUGAAAUAUUACAGUAUUUGGCGUCAAUUACAGUCCUGGUUGCUAUGUGACAGUGCCGACUCCUAUUUUCCUUUCGUAAAAGGUGAAUACCAUUUUUUGAAACAUCAGUCACUGCCAACAACAUUCCUGUUCUGGGCUACACUCGCCCGGACAAUGGUAUCAGUUCAACGUACAUGUACUAUGAUAUAAAAUCUAUUACACUUACAGUGUGGUUAUUGUUGUUGAUGUUUUACUAGACUUCGAAGCUGAGAGAUGUGUUGCUCGCCUAUAGUUGGCACAAUCCUGAUGUUGGUUACUGCCAGGUGAGAACAGAUAGCCUGCUAGUAUCCUUUUUCUAUGUAACCGUGCCAAGGGUUGUCUUUAACAUUUUAAGUUGCCGGGUAAAUACAACACGUGGGCGGGGAUUCAAACAGCUAGAGGUUUCUUUUGCUCCUAUUUUGCUUCCAUUUUCGUUUAAACGUAGCCGGGGGAAAAUCCCCGGCCCCUGCCUCUUAAUGUGUCCCAGGGGUGCUCACUGAAGUUUACUAUUGGGAUGUGCCCGUUGUGUCUGGACAAAAGAGGUGAAUUUAAGACCCUGUCCAAGACAAUAAUCAAGUCACUUGGACGACGGGGGUAGUGUAAUUUUGGCACCUAAAGUUGAUCAAGAAUAAUCAGGGAUUGCCAGAAAAAAACUGACCCUUAUCUAAGAGACAAACUGAAGUAAAAUAUACCCCUUAGUCUUCCUGCAAAUGGAGGGUGAUUUUUAUACCCUGUUCCAGAGUCAAAGAGGCGAGAGGCUGGUAAACAUACCAGUAUUUCCCAUAUAUGGGACCUCCCUCCCCCUCCCCGGGAAACUUUGCAGUUUUAUCAAGUAUGCUAUAAAACGAUAUCCUUGGCUGUGGCGGGAAAAGUACAUCUUUGACCUUGCAUUUGUAGCCGCCCUCUGUGUCUCGUUGUACAGUGUAUUCUUUCUGUCAACCUGUAACUGUAACUUGAGUUCGUCCACAAACUUCCAGGAUAUUUGGAAUCCUGCGAAAAGCUUCAACCUCGGGAAAAACCUGUUGAGACACACCACAAAGACAUUUUUUUUUUUACUGUCAUCCUGGCAAAAAUGGAAACCAUCGCUAAAUGAAUGCCCGUUUCUCCGCCUCGCCCUGCCCUUCCCCCCUCCCCUUAUCCAAUCUUAGAGAGCUUUAGAAAGUUUUCUCGCCUAUUUUCUAAAAUAAACUCCCGGGAAAGCUUCAUUAUACUUUUGUUUCAACACCAAACGGCAAAGUUAGCACACUUAUUUCCUUUGCAGGAGGUUAAGCCCUCUCCCGAUCGCUAAAUGAUAAAUUUUCUAACAUAUGAUGACUUGUUUUGGCCACUACGACAUUCUCGCUCAAACUCGUAGUAGACUGACGACGGCUACCACAUUUUCCCGCCAAAAUGACCUGGUUCACGCGUGCGCACUACUUAGUAUUGGGAAAAUCUCGUUCUCGUAGUUGUUCUCGUCUUAGAAUGUAGAGCUCUCUAAUGUUUAGAAUAACACGAGAAUCACACACCUUGGUUUUUAGACCAAAACAACAUUGAAUAGGGGGUGGUGAGGGUAAUUACUUCUUUCUGUUUAUAGGAGAUGGUAGUAUGGCGCAAAAGUAAGAAAACAGGUGAAACUGCCUCAAUAGUUUUGUCCGUGGUUGAAGUAACUUAAUUAGUUAUAAGACAUUUAUUAUUAUUAUUUUUUUUUACUAAACCCUUCUCUCGUGUUUUCUCUCCAAAGGGAUUGAAUCGACUUGUCGCCAUUGCUCUACUUUAUCUGACUGCAGAGGAAUCGUUUUGGUUUGUAGUUCAUUCUUUUUUCGUUGCUGAUUUUUGUCGCUAUAAUGGUUGCUCUCUUUGUCUUUGCGUGACACCUUAGCUUUUAUUAGGUUGGUGAGAGAACUCACAAAAAAUAGACGCUUUCUUUGACGUCAUUUGAUUUGCCAAAUUCUGAUUCGUCAAUCAACCAAAGGUUUAGCUUUCCAUGAAAGGAAUAUUUUUGGCGCAAAACGAUUUUUGUUUUGUUUUUUUUAACUUCUUGAUGGAUAAAACAGGCCACAAGCAUGUAGAGAAUCGAUUUUAGGGUAUUGUUUUACGAAGCCGUUUCUACAAGAAGCUCAGCCUAGUUCUUUUAGCCUUAAUGAACAUCUGGUCCAAAUGCGAGGUUUUUGAGCGGCUGUUCAAAAGUUUGCUCAGGGCUUGACUGAAGUAUUGGAGCCCAGAACUUAACGUUGCUUCAGGACAGCUGUUGUAUAUUUGAGAGUUAUCCAAAACAUACAAGCAAAGCCGCAUCAAUGGGGAGACAAGACCGAAGCCGUCCCCCCCUGAUGCGGUUCGCGGGUGGGAUAGGGUGGGUAAAAAACAAAGACAAGUUCUCAAGUCGAAAGCGAACUAAAAGUGCUGUAGCAGACAAAGAAACUAGCGCACAUGAUCAGGGGCACAGUUAAUGGAUAACUAGUGGAUGCUACGUGUUGUGUUGCCUUUGGACGGUAUCCAAUACCUCACUUUUGCAUCGAGGCACGUUCCAAGAAUGUACGAUUCUCAGCGCGAAAGCGAAUUUUGCGGUUUUCAUUGGAAAGGGACAGAAGAACAAAUAAACAAAGAGUAACACGUUUAAAUGUGUUUUGAAAAAAUAUCCAUGAAAUGCUUGCAUGGGGAUAGGUGAUUUUCGUAUUUUCCAACCGAAAGUACUUAAUCGCGGAUGUUAUAGGCACCCCUUUAACGCUUGAAACCUUGAAAUAAACCUGUUGGACCAUGUGAAAAACUCAUAGUAAUAAUGUCACUUUUAAUAAUCUACUCUCUGUCUUCGUAUGGGAGAAUGCGAAGAUAACCCGUGACAUUAGAUGUUCCUCGGGAAAGAUGACUCGCUUGCUUUUUCACUUCUUGAGAUGUUUUACUGAUAUUUUACUGAUAUUUGUGUUUACUUAUGUUGCAAAAGUUGUUACAUCCAGAAGCCCUGUAUAGAUGAAAAUUAAAUUUAAACGACGACAACUAUUUAAUCAUUCAGAUCGCACAUGAGAUGUUUUAAACUUUAUCGUCCGAUCUCAAGAAGUUCAUUUAACUCCAACUGAAUUUACUUGCAUAUGGAAAUUUUUUUAUUGUGUCCUUGUUCAAUUCUGUCGUUCGAGAUCUCCACCUUUCAUGAGUUGACUGAAGAUUGUGUCAUUUCCUUCGACCAGCUUGCAACGGACUCACUCUACUGUUCAAUCGGUCUCCAAUAGAAGCCAAAAUUCGCCCAAUUUCUUUAGUUUUAGCUUCCUGGCUUGUUGCAAAUGGGGGGCUGUUCUUUUUCUCUUCUUUCGAUCCAGAUGGUUUGUUGUUACCAUUAUCCAUUUGCAAGGCUUGUUUCACCCAGUCUAAAACAUAAUAAGACUGUCCUAUUAAAACUUACAGCAUUCAGUCUUGAAACUGGCUAAUGAAAACGCCCGCUAACGUGUACGAUGGAUGUAUUAAUUUUUUUUGUCCGCGCGGACGAAAAAAUGUGGCCAUUGUAGAGAGGUUGCCGUUAGCAAAGGUUUGACUCAUUGUACUAAACGUCUUUUUUUAAUAGUUCUUCAUAUUUAGUGUGCUUGUCUCUAAAUACAAAUCUGAUAGCUAGCUCGUUUAUUUUCUCUGACUUGUCAGUGUGGCCUUUGCUGCAAAAGUGCCACGUUUCUGAACAAUGCUAAGAUGUUAAAAUGCGGGACAAUGAAAGAUAAAUACAAAUCACGUUUAAUGUUUAAAGGUAACAUUUUUUUCAUAAGCCUGAGUACCGCUUGUUUCCAAACAGCAAAUGUACCGUUUUUCGUGAAGGACGUGAGAGAGACUGCCUUACCAGAAAGAAGAGCUGAUAAACUUAAUGGCAUUUAAGUAAUAAGCCAUUUCAUCAGGGACUGUUAUAUUUAUUUGGAUUGUCAAUCAAGCUAUACUGUCACGUUAAAUAUUAUGUUAGCCUGUGUACAGAGGGGAGGGGGGGUCUCUACACGCAGGCUAUUCAUGUACUAGUUUUAUAUCUCCCGCUAGGUAGAUAGGUUCCUGUUUCAGUGAUAUUGAACACCAUAUAAUUUGCGUAAAGCCGCAGUGCACGGCUUGUUUUUCUAACCUUUAGAUAAAAUUUGACAAAGUUUACGUUAUCCUUGCCUAACAAAAUAUGUUAUUUGUAGUUGUAUUUAAGCAAUAGAAAAAGUUUUCCGUGUCUGCAUAGCCUGAUGAAAUUCUUACCAGUCACAAAGUCUUGUCCACGAAGUCUUGCACGCGUAAUCAGUUCUUGUUUUACAAAAAGAUGCUUUCCAAAAUACGGACUUUUCUCGCUUAAAAUGUCAGCUUAAGCGAAAAAAAAUUGACACACUUUCUUUGUAACGAUUUUCCAAGUUUCAGCCGACGAAGAAAUGGGUAAAUAAAGUAAACUUGUCGAGUUUUGAACUUGAAAACUUUUUCAAAUUCGUGCUUGCGUGAUUAGCGCGCGAAAAGCAAAACAUCUUGACGCCACAACCCUGUUAACAUACUCUCAUGCAAACACUCCUCUCAGCUAAUCAGAGCGCGCGUACUAUCUUUGUUAUUUUAUAAAGAUUGUUUUCACUCACGUGGCCAGCAUCUAUGCAAAUUUAUUGGAACAAAAGAAAGCGUUUGCAUGAGAAAAGAGUUCAACUCCCAGAGGACUGGUUUGGGACACCAACAUGGCCGCCGUUUCAUUGUUUUGGGACACCAAUAUGGCCGCCGUGACGUCAUGUGAAAACACUCUAUACAGCGAAAUACUGCAGGGAAAAUUGUAACUCUUCACACGAGCGGCUCCUGAUUGGUCUAGCGAGCUUGAGCUAAUAGUGUGUUUGGGUGUAACAAAAUUUAAAAUUUUCAUUUUAGCGUGUAUUACAAGCUCGUCGCAAGAUCAGCAAUAAAAGAUCAUCGUUUUACAUUACAAGUGAGAAAUGUGUAAGCGAUAGAUAGGCUAUAAGAGGCCGAUCAAUUUUUAGCGAUUUUCUUUUCAAAUAUCCAGAUAUAUUUUUUUGUGAUAACUAUUGACAACGCGAAUCAGGUUGAUAUGAUCUCAAGUUUACAACAAAACAAGAGUUACUAUGUGAUGUUCAUCGGUUUGUUUUAGCAUUUGCACGCGCAGUGAUUCAAUAUGGGUACACACUGACUCGAACCCCGCUUUACGGAAACCCGCUUCAUUAAUACGGCCACCUAGUUAUUACGGACAGUUUUCCUUGUCCCAAGCUCUUACAUUUCCUCUAAAUUCAUCCCGCUUAAUACGGACACUGUUUAUGGCUCCCUUAGUGUACGUAGAACGCUGUUUGACUGUAUCAACCUGGGAACCGACCAUCUCCAACCGUGUGUUCUAAAUCCUCCAUCAUGCAUGCAUAGAAGUUCCAGGCUACACACGUCGGUUUCAUUUAUCAUAAUCUGUGUUUUGCUUUUCCCAGACUGGAAUUUUCAAAUAUUUGUCAGAUUUAAACUGGGUGCUUAUAUAAGAUAAAGAUACACAGCUUACCUUUUCAACACUUAAUAGGUACAGUCUCCAACUAGCAAAUGUACCGUUUUUUUGUGAAGGACGUGAGGGACACUGCCUUACCGGAAAGAAGUGGUGAUAAAUUGAAUGACUCGGCAUCAUAGUUUAGUAAUGAGCCAUUUCAUUAGGGGCUCUUAUAUUUUAUUCGAUUGUCAAUCAAGCUCUAUUGGCACGUUAAAUAUUAUGUCUGUCGCUCUAAAGCUCGCUAAUUCUGCGGCCAGAAUGACCAUCAUGAAGACGCGACUAAAAUCACAAGUCAGACUCUCUCCUGCAAGGCGCCCAUGACUUCCCUCAACCGUUUUGUGAAAAAGAAAGGCCUAGAUUUCCCUCCUAAAACUGCUAAGAUGAACUGUCGUCCCUUUCAUUGAAUGCAGAAUUUCUAACCACAGUUAUAAUCAUCCAAAAAACCCUGAAAUCAUUUGUUUUGAGAACGAAAGAGUUGCUAGAAUAUGACACGGCUCUGCAUAAUUAUGAUCAUUCGCAUAGACGUCCAGUAUUGGGCUUUGUUUGCUACAAUGCGUUUAUCUCAGUCGCACAAGGAAUCUUUUAAGGAUUUUGGUUUUCAACCUCUUGCCAUUCCCGAUGCUUAGGGAAGCAAAUAUUUUUAUGUUAGAACGUGACACGGUUGUGCAUAAUUAUGGUCGUUCACAAAGACGUCCAGUAUUGGGCUUUGUUUGCUGCAAAUAUGCCUUUAUUCUAGUCGCGGAAGGACUCUUUUAAGGAUUGUGCUGUUCAACUCUUCUCUAUUCCUGAUGCUUAGGGGAGCAAAUAUUUUUAUAUUAGAAUGUGACACGGUUCUGCAUAAUUAUGAUCUUGGCUUUGUUUGCUGCAAUGCCUUUAUUUCAGUCGCGCAAGGACACUUUUAAGGAUUGUGCUGUUCAACUCCUUGCCAUUCCUGAUAGCUCCUGAUGCUUAGGGAAGCAAAUAUUUUUAUAUUAGAAUGUGACACGGUUCUGCAUAAUUAUGAUCGUUCGCUUACACGUCCAAUAUUGGGCUUUGUUUGCUACAAUGACUUUAUUUCAGUCGCACAAGGAAUCUUUUAAGGAUUGUGGUUUUCAACUCCUCCCCGUUCCUGAUGUUUAGAGGAGCAAAUGUUUUGUUUUCUAGAACGAACUGUAUGUAGUAUUUACAAAAAAAAGUUAACUGAAUCUACGAUUUGCCAAGAAUUCAGCAGUCUAACGCGCCAGGCAGAAAAACAAAAAGAAAAGAAAAAAAUAGCCACUCAAGGGAGUGGAUGUGGUUAGUCUUUGUAACGUAGUUUAGGGUCGUUCAGUGGGUAACCUUUAAUCUUUUGUGAAGAGAGGAUUUAUUGUUAUUCAGUUAUUUUGCUUUCGCCGGUAAACCCCCGGGGGGGGACUCCCAUAUGAAACAGACGGGGAUGCUCGUCGGAAAUUUGGAAUUUAACCCCUAAAGGAGACCAUCUGGGCGUGGCUCAAGCUUUUUGUGACCCCUAAAGGAGACCAAUCUGGGCGUGGCUUAAGCAAAUUUUGACCCGUAAAAGAGACCGCUUAAAAACACACAAAUACGACAUGCAAUGAGUUUUAAUGAUAUAAAGACAUAAUCAUCGAAUGCUUUUAUCUAAAAGUAGUUUUAAAAGCAUUGUCACAGAGGUGGUGCGGUAAACAUAACAACUAAAAAGACAAUUUGACUUCUCUUUCUCUUCGCGUAAUUCUGUGUUUCUUCGCGGAACCCUAAACGAGACCUUGGCACCUUAAAAUAUUGGCGCUUUGCCCGGAACACCCUAAGCGAGACCAAAAUCCAAAAUUUACACCCCUAAGCGAGACGACGAGCAUCCCCGUCUGUUUUAUAUGGGAGUCCCCCCCCCCCCCCCCUUGUAGAAAUCAUUUAUUCUUUAGUCUUAACUUCUUUAAGCCGUAAACAACCUGUUGAUUUAUUGAGCGUAAACUUAUUUGUCAAGUCAUAAUUGUAUUUAGUCUUCAAGCUGUAAUCAACCUGUAAAAAAAAAAAAAGCCGUUAUCCACCUGUGUAGCUUUUGAAAGUAAUUAAUGUUUCAAAGGAAGCUUAAGUUUCCACCAAUGUUCUUGUAGAAAUGAUUUUCGUGCUCUGUAAUUAGACUCGUUGAGUUGUGAUGUAAUCUGUAUCGCUUCGCUAGCUUAGGCUUAAAUACGAGUGCUUUGUAGGAGCUUCUUCGGUUACGUCCUAGUUACAUCCUCGUUGCAUCUAGCCUUGGGUGUAUUUUGGUUGGUCAUGUUUUGACUGUACCCGCAGUAUAGUCUUGGAUUAAACUUGUACGUUGGACCCAAGUUCUGUUGUGAUCAUUGUCUCAAGGGUAUUCAGCAGGCGUAAGAGAUUCCGUGCCUUCCCGCAGCCAGCGAGUGUCCCCAGGAAAAGGCCUUUCCCAGAGAGUUCUAGAGUUUUUCCCCGUCCGUCAGUUUACCCUUUUGUGAAGGCAAAACCUGUUUUCAUACUUUAAUUCCUUCGGACCGAAUCGAAAUUUUUGCAAGUGCUUCAUGUACUGAACAGACCCUUAAUUUGUGUUCAUAAAGGUGACGACUUCCUUUUUCAAUCCUAACAGUGCCCACAAAGAAAAUUUCCAAAUGUCUUUAAACAGCACCGUGCGGAGCAAUAUGUUAAGCCAGCAAAGCGUGCUCCAUCUAAAUAUUCUUUUCCUUUCCGAAUCGCGUGGGGCUGAAGCCGUUUUUGUUCAUAUGUGAUCUAAUUUAUAUUUUGUAAAUAGUUUUAACAUAUUAAUUGUCCUAUUUUAUACUUUUUCUAUUUUACAUAGCUUAUAUCUGUUUUAUCUUUUUAUUUCGGGAAACGUCAUAGGGUCAACCUCUAGUUUGUAGCCAAACCAACCUAGACGAACUGUUUAAACUUCAAAAACGCUGCGCUCGAUUAAUUUUGGAUAUUCCUCGGGAUGCACGCUGUUUUGAUAAUUUUCAAAUCUUAAGUGGCUGCCAAUUGAUCAAAUAUUCAAGCUCAAUAAACUCGGCCUUUUAAAGAAAGUUAUUGAUGAAAGAGUACCGGAAUACUUAAUUACAAUCUUGGACUCACUUCGGUUUGAACACAAGUACUCUACCAGAACAAAAACAUUAUACCCCUUACCGAAACCCAGGACCGAAGCAAUGAGGAAAACAUUCUUCUACUCCACUAUUAAAGAACUAAAUGCUCUUAACUUAGAACCAACCACCUCCUUUAGCUUAAUGAACACAAUACUGACUUAUAACGUCACCUCAAACUAUACAGUGGACAAUUUUAAAGUUAAAAAGUUUUUCUGAUUUUUAAAAAUCCGUGCUUUUUUAAUACCAUUGUAGACUGGAUUCCCUUUUUUACCAAUGUAUUCACUUCCGUUUUUAACAUCUCUCAAUUUUUUAAAUCUCUAGAAUUUUUAAGCUCUUUUAUUAUAAUUACUAUUUGUAAAUAGGCUUUUUAUCACGAUUUUUGUAAUUUUAUUAUUAUCGAUUUUGUUUUUGGAGGGCCACCAGUGAGAGUAAUAGAAUUUUUAAGAUCUUUUAUUAUAAUUACUAUUUGUAAAUAGACUUUUUACCAUGAUUGUUGUAAUUUAUUAUAAUCAAUUUUGUUUUUAGAUGGCCACUAGGGAUAAUACUUUUCAUAGUAAUUGGUGUCACCCUCUUAAAAUAAAGUGUUUUCCUUUUCAUGAUGUUUUGUAAUUCUAUUUUCCACAUCUUGAAUAAAUGCGUGAGUCCUACAAAGAGGUUAUAGUUCAGUAGUGCAAUCAUGAAAAGGAUCUCGUUUACAGAUGUAAAAGUUAUUUUAGAAUGGCGAGAAAUCUCACCAUAAAUUGAUUUAAGAGUUAAAGAGUAAUGUGCAUAUUUCGAAAGAGAAACACAAAAAGAAACGUUUAAGAAAAUUAGUACAAAGAAACGUUAUCAAACCAGAGUAGGAGAAACCACAGAACCCGCUAAUGUACGUGUAGGUUAAGCCCUUCCCCGAUCCUAAAAUGGUAACCCUUACAGCAUUUGAUAACUUGUUUCCGCUGCUACCCGGCGACAUUCUUGCUAGAACUCGUAGUACAAUGACGGCGGCUAUCACGUUUUCCUGUCAAAAUGACUCUGGGUCACGCGUGCGCACCACUAAGUAUUGAGAAAAUCUCGUACUCGUAGACUUUCUCGUUUUAGAAUCUAACGGUCUCUGUCAUGUCUAGGCAUAAUGUUUACCUUUAUUUGAUGUGCAGCAGCCAUCGUAUGACCUUUCAUCUCUUUUCUUGUGGUUGCAGGUGUCUUGUAGCUAUAGUUGAGCAUCUUAUUCCGAAAGACUACUACUCUAAAACGUUGGUAGCUUCACAGGCUGAUCAAAGAGUCCUCAAAGAUUUGCUCGCGGAAAAACUUCCCAGGCUUAACAAUCAUUUUGAGACUCUCUGGUAUAGUGGAUAUGUCGUUAUAUUACCUUGACUUAAAAUAUUUCAGGCCGUGUUUCCCAAGCCAAUUUGCUUAUUAUCCUGCAAAUUUGCUGCCUUUUGAGAGUUCGUGGAAAAAAAAUUGUAGUUACGAGCCGGCAAAGCCGUUGAGGAGAAUAGGGCGAACUCGCACAAGAAUAGGGCGGACUCGCCCAAGAAUAGAGCGGACUCGCACAAGAAUAGGGCUAACUCGCACAAGUGAGCUGCUCUCAGGCUAAUUUGUUCUUGCGGCUUGUCUCUCAAAGUUGUGUUGUUGCGAGAUAAAUUGCGUGAGACUGUCAGGUUUAACCGUAGUUGUGCAAUGCAUGGUUAAGAAAUCCUUUAGACUACGAAACCGAGUAUUUCUCCGGCCCCAGCCUCUACACAGACGUUGCUUUAUCUGAUUUUUCGUUUAUCAAUCCCCCGCUGUUUUUAUUUUUAUCACGCGCGCUCGGGGGACUUUUAAUAGAAAAUAGAGGGUCUGUGAACAGGCUUCUCCGGCCCUGGGGUUCGAAGUCGCGACCUCCCGCUCUACAGCAGUCCAGCAACACUAGCAACUGAGCUAACCUUGCCAUUGUUUAAAAUCUAAACUAAAAUAUGAUCACUAAUUAAUUUUUCUUACUGUUAUCUUUUGUUUUUUACUGGCAGUGUUGAUUUAUCCUUAGUGUCAUUCAACUGGUUUUUAACAGUGUUUGUAGACAACUUUCCAGUGCAGGUAUGGUGUAUUUCUUUUGCAAUGACGACACAACACCUUUACGGAAAAUUGAAGUCAUUGAAACCAAUAACUUGACUCGUGACCGGUAUAUUAGACGAAGUUUAAUAAAAAAUAGAAACAAUUAAUACAAUCAAAUUUAUAGCAUGACCCGUGAAACCGAGGAUAACAACUAGUGCUAAAUAGCUACAAGUAAACAAAAGAAGACAAUGAAAUUAGUGCAUAAUAGCGCGUAGUAUUCUACUACCUAUUUCACGGGUUAAGUAAAAUCACUCUAGUUACCCACUAAGGGCCUGUGUACGUGGAGUUGGGGUACCCCAGAUAGGUGAGGUAACCCGCUUAGGUGGGGUAACCCGCCUGUCCAUAAAAUCUCUCAUUUUAAUGUGAUCACGUUUACAUGUUAGGUGGGGUAACCUGCCACAUGUUACCUCACCUACCUGGGGUCCCCCACCUUCAUGUAAACAGGCCAUAAGGCCCUUUGUAAUCGUGUUUUUUUUUUUUUUUGAGAAUUUUGAAAGUGAGGUCACACUGUGUCCAAAACCUAUCUGGUUAUUGCUCUUCGUGGUCGCUGCUUUCCAAUUGAUAAGAAGAAUUGCUUGACUUCUGCCUUGCUCGUCACCACAACGUUAAUCAUUUCGUUAUUUCCUAGACAACUCUACGAGUGUGGGACACUUUUCUUUUCGAGGGAAACAAGGUAAGUUGUACCACAUCCUUUUGGCUCCCUAUCUUGGUAGAACGUAAUUCCUCUUUUGCAAGGUUUUGUUCAAGGCCGGAGGCCGGAUAGCCUGCGUUGCAGGCGUUUGAAAGGGAAGGGAAAGGGGGUUUUGGGCGCGAGGGAAACGCGAGGGGCGCGCGAGGAAGAAGGGAAGGAGGGAAACGCCUGCCAGGAAACCAUUGUUUUCGCCAUCCCGCCUACUAAUUAUGUAUGCAAAAAUAACCCCAACUGUGAAUGACUAGCUGUCAAAUAAGUCUGGCCGCGAUGCGCUUAUUUAAGUCGUAUUUCGCGUACUGUUUUUCUUUUGUUUUCCUAAAACAAGAAAUUUGAAGUGAAGGUACUAUUAAAAAAAGUGUAAAUGCGGUCGUCCGUUGAAAGAAGAAAGUCGCAACCAUGCGUGGCUUGUUAUAUAAAAUCCAGCAUAAAUCAAUUACGUUUUUGCCGAAGGUAUCGCGUUGGACUUCCCAACUUGCAUGCAGUGUUUGUCGGAGAAAUUUAUUACAAACACUUUGCUGACUCUCGAACUGGAUCCAGCGCAGCAUACAAAAGAACGCUGGUAGCAGGGAAAGAAGAGCGGAACUUCAAAGAUCUACAAUAAGGCUAAUUCUGCAAUCAAUAUUAUUAUUGAAGUACGGUAAGUUCCUGGCGGCUUUAUAACGUCUAUAACCAGCAAGAAGAAGUCAUCAAACCAAAAAUCGCUAAGGAUUAUAGAUCGCUACGUCUUCAACAAUCUGGUCGUUGAUAAGCGUAGCCUGCGUGGUAGGCGUUUAAGGUCAAACAGCAGAUAACAAGCACACAGGCAGCAUGAUUUUUCCUUUCUCUCUUCUAGUGGGUAAAACAAGCCGUUGGGAGACAAGACUUCUCAAAACCAGUCAGCAAAACUCAUCUAGCUGAAAGGUCUUUUCCUUCAUACGAGUCUUUUAACUGCUUUCUUCUAUUCUCCUUUCAAGCUGAAAUAGAUGCCUUCAGUUUCUAAUCGUUCUAAAACGAUGAAUUCCAUACAGAAAUCUCAUCACGCCUCACUAUAAACAACAUAUUUUUAAAUGAUUACUGAAAGAUCGAUUAAGUUACUCAGUAGCGUGAUGUUGAUUUCAGCCAAUCGGAUUAAGGUAUUACGGCUGUGAUUGACAUGUUUUGAAGACGGACCAAUCAGGAUUUUAACAUUCGCCUGGUGGAUGUUAAAAACGAGAAAAACAAUGGUCUCCUGGCAGGCGUUUCCCUCCCUCCCUCCCUCCUCGCGCGCCUCUCGCGUUUCUCUCGCACCUAAAACUCCCUUUCCCUUCCCUUUCAAACGCCUGCCACGCAGGCUCGAGGCCGGACGUUACUGUCGUUUGUUUAGCAUGGGAAGUCCGAUGCUUUAACACAAAAUAUAUAUCUACCUGGAUUUAUGAAAACCAGGUUAGCAAACCUUUUGUCGUUUAUCUCAACUUCCUCUGUCUUAGCUUGUAUACUGAGUUGUCUCUUGAUGUCGGAUCUUUUCUCGGUUGUUUCAUAAUUAGGGAUUUGUGUAGAAGUGGCUGUAGACAGAAUUUUGCUAAUUUCUAUCUACAUAUAACUUCCGUAAACAUUGGUGGUUGCCCUAAUGAGUGACUCAUGCAUAAUCUGGAUUUGUUGAAAACUGUUUAAUGACUAGAAUCUUCUGAGAACAAACACCAGCCGACUGGUAUCAAUUAUCGCAAUUCCUGAUUCAAAUAUUCGGCUUUUUUGUGUGCAUUUUAAUGGCACCAUCCCGGUUAAGCUAGCGGACGCAGGAAGUGGCGUUUUGGGGAGUUCCAUUUCAAAAAUUGAAUUGCCCGCCCUCCCCACUCCCUCUCGUAAAAGUUCGUUCCGUCGGCACUCACCGCUUGUGUCAAGUGUGAAUCCCGUACUUUAAAAUAUUACUCUGUUGACCCGGCUUUUGAAAAAGCUUUGCUGGUAAAAGAAGCGCGGGGCACCCGCGAAAGCGAGCAAAAGAGUAGCUCCUUUUCACGCCAUGCCCUCGCGCGUCCCCCGCGCUUCUCCCAUUUCGCUAAAAGGACACGGAAACUACUACUACAUAGGCUGGCGUUAACGUGAUGCUAACCCUGCUGUGGUAUUUGAUCUUAUUUCUCUCGAUCUAUUUUCCAUUCAAGUUCAAUUGUACCCCUUUUUGCUAGUAACAUGUGCUAUUUCUAAAGUGGCCAGCACCCACGCUUUUAUUUAAAGUCAUAGUCUUAUCUCCCUAUUUUUGUACUAGGUGCUUUUCCGAUUUGCGCUAGCAGUCUUCAAGAGCACUGAGGAGGAGCUCCUAAAGUGUCAAGAUCACAUGGGUAUCUUCAAUUUCCUAAGGCAAAUGCCGGAGAAAAUCACUGACGCCAACACCCUCAGCCAGGUUAAUAUCUUUUGUUAUUAUGUGGCUGAAUCCGCGAGCGGGCAAGAUAAAGCAAAUUCUGUAUUCUGAUUGGCUACCCGAGCGGGCAACAUGGGCCCAUGUUGCCAGCUCGGGAUUUCCCGCGUUGUUCCCUUUAGUAAUAUAGUAAUAAAGACCAUAUAAUAAAUCCUUUAUUGACCAACCCGUCGGUCAAGAUGGCUGAAUAUUGGCCUCGUUCGUUUGUUCGUUGUUAUUGACCUCGACUUCGUCCAGGUAAAAAAAACUUGGCCAAUAUUCAGUUAUCUUGACCUCACCCUUGGUCAAUAACGCAUGCGCAUAAACUGUAUGUCAUAUACAGGAUACUUCAUGGAAAGUGCGAGCGUACGGUAUUUACGCACGAGUUGUUGACGUAUCAGAAAUCCAACGAUUGAACACACCAUUUUUAUUUCUUUUUUUUUUUUCUUAGAUUGCCUUCCAGCUCCUAAAUCCCUUCCCGAUGAAGAUGAUAAGAACGAAGCGUGCCUAUCACCUGGAAGUCGUCAAGGUAUGAUAAUAACACUAUUAUUGUAAUUCCUUUAAUCAGUUUGAGGAGAACUGUUUGGAACUAAAAUGUUUCAAUGUCACAGGUCUAACUUUAAAGGCUUGAAAUAAGGGCCGAUCAACUGAUAAUAGAAGGCUGAUUUAGCAACAGAACGGGAACGUCAUUCUUCCCUCUUUUUUGCACAUCAGCCGUUCGUACAACGUGAUUCUUCUCUUAAAAUCUCUUUUCCGUACGUCAGUCCGUUCUUGUUAUAGUGGUUAUGUCGACAUCUACUUACGUUACUGACCGCUUGAUAUGUGGUGACAGUGUAUACUGGUUUGACAAGCCUAAAGAUAAGUCAAGAAAAUGACUGACUUUAAGAGUGGUGUCCGGGUUAGGAUAAGGCGAAUUAACCUCAGAGUCGCGUUCUCUGUCUCUCCCGUUUUUCUUAAAGAAAGGAAAUAACAAAGACAAUUGUUACAUUUAGUAAAUGGUAUUGACGUUUACUGGGAAGAUAGACGUCGUUUUACUUUCUAAUAGAUUCUUUUUUUCUCCUUCUUUUUGCAGAAUGAGCUUGCUGAUUUAGACAAACUCCGCGAGGAGUAUGUCACCAGCAAAGCCGAUGAACCUGAAUCCAGAGACGGGGACAUGCUCGGUGAAGACUGAGGCCUGGGAACAAGUCCAUGCACAAUAAGACAUCCAAGCCAAUAAUUUACAGCUUGCAGGAAGAUUAUCUUUCGUGUGACCUAGAUUGAUUUCCCAGAAGUUGAAGUU